GUCACGUGCCUGUCAAACGCUCGCGCAGCUGUCAACAGUGAGGAAGCAGCGAGAAGCAACAGAGGAAGUAAAAACUAAAGCUGCUACUCGCAGUGUUUUUGCGUCUACUAUUGAGUGUAUGUUGUCACCUACGGCUACGUUGGGACUUAUAGAAAGAUGGCGGCCUCGACUCGCUUUUCAGUAGACCGCCAGUGAAAGAAAACAAUGUUCACCACUAGCUGUUGCUUGCUAACUUCUAAGCUAGCUCGCUAACAGUCAGCUGUUGUUAUGGUGUGGUUGGGGCGAUAGCUGGCUAUUACCCCAAGUGUUCAGUCGUCAUAUUUGUCCAGAAUACCAGGAUUUACCAGACUGCAAUUUCUUCGGUCACUCUGGACGCAUGGAACUGGUCGGCCGGCGUUUAAUGGCGACUUAAAAAGCUGCAUCACCCUGACAGACUCGUCAGCUGUUGUCUGGCAAUUUAUCCAGCAGAAACAUUGUGUAAUAGAAUCAGCGAAACUGCUUCAAGAUGCAUGACGCGUAUGAGCCAGUGCCUAUUUUACAGAAGCUUCCUCUUCAGAUCGACUGUCUUGCGGCUUGGGAGGAUUGGCUGCUUGUUGGAACAAAACCAGGGCAUCUUCUCCUGUACAGAAUCAAGAAGGAUGCAGCCACCAACCGGUUUGAGGUGACUUUGGAAAAGUCUAAUAAGAACUUCUCCAAGAAAAUUCAACAGCUAUACGUCGUCUCUCAGUAUAAAAUUCUCGUCAGUCUUUUGGAGAACAACAUCCACGUCCAUGACCUCCUGACCUUUCAGCAGAUCACUGUGGUGUCUAAAGCCAAAGGAGCCACGCUGUUUGCAUGUGACCUGCAGCAAACGAGCUCCGGAGAGGAAAGCCUCAGAAUGUGUGUGGCAGUGAAAAGGAAACUCCAGCUGUAUUACUGGAAAGAUAGAGAGUUCCAUGAGCUGCAGGGCGACUUGGGUGUGCCAGAUGUUCCUAAAUCCAUGGCUUGGUGUGAAAACUCCAUCUGUGUCGGCUUCAAACGGGACUAUUACCUCAUUCGGCUGGAUGGCCGUGGCUCCAUUAAGGAGCUCUUCCCCACUGGGAAACAGUUGGAGCCUCUAGUUGCCCCGCUGGCUGAUGGGAAGGUGGCUGUUGGGCAGGACGACCUCACCGUGGUGCUUAACGAAGAGGGAGUUUGCACCCAGAAGUGCGCCCUGAACUGGACCGAUAUCCCUAUCGCCAUGGAGCACCAGCCUCCCUACAUCAUUGCGGUCCUCCCUCGGUACGUGGAGAUACGGACCUUAGAGCCACGGCUGCUGGUGCAGAAUGUGGAGCUGCAGAGGCCGCGCUUCAUCACCUCAGCAGGGCCAAACAUCGUGUACGUCGCCAGCAACCACUUCGUCUGGCGCCUUGUGCCGGUGUCGAUAGCCAGCCAGAUCCAGCAGCUUCUCCAGGACAAGCAGUUCGAGCUCGCUCUUCAGCUGGCGAAAAUGAAGGACGAUUCAGAUGGUGAAAAGAAGCAGCAGAUACAUCACAUUCAGAAUCUUUACGCCUUCAACCUGUUUUGCCAGAAGAAGUUUGAUGACUCCAUGCAGGUGUUUGCUAAACUUGGUACAGAUCCCACGCAUGUGAUCGGACUUUACCCGGACCUGCUCCCAUCAGACUACCGCAAACAGCUGCAUUACCCCAACCCUCUGCCCAGCUUGUCUGGGGCCGAACUGGAGAAAGCUCAUCUGGCUCUUAUUGAUUACCUCACCCAGAAACGCAGCCAUCUUGUCAAACAGCUGAAUGACACCAGCCCGUCCACAACGUCUCCACUCAUGGAGGGAACGCCGACUAUUAAGAGCCGCAAAAAACUCCUGCAGAUCAUCGACACCACGUUGCUCAAAUGUUAUCUGCACACCAAUGUGGCCCUCGUCUCUCCCCUCCUUCGACUGGAGAACAACCACUGCCACAUUGAGGAGAGCGAGUACGUUCUGAAGAAGUCUCAGAAGUACAGCGAGCUCAUCAUUCUCUACGAAAAGAAGGGCUUGCACCAGAAAGCCUUGCAGGUCCUGCUGGACCAAUCCACCAAGGCCAACUCUCCUCUGAAAGGUCAUGAGCGAACCGUCCAGUACCUCCAACGACUGGGAUCAGAGAAUCUGGGGAUAAUCUUGGAGUUUUCUCCCUGGGUGCUUAAAAUCUGUCCUGAGGAUGGCCUGAAGAUCUUCACUGAAGAUCUGCCCGAGGUGGAGACUUUGCCCAGAGACAAAGUGCUGCAGUUCCUGAAGGAAGGCUUCGUGGAGCUGGCCGUCCCGUAUUUGGAGCACAUCAUUUAUGUGUGGGACGAGAAGGGCCCCGAGUUUCACAACGUGCUUAUUCAGCUGUAUCUGAGCAGGGUCCAAGGCCUGAUGAAGCAGUACCUCAACUCGCUGCCAGAAGGGGUUUCUGCCGUUCCUGCCGGCCAGGAGCAAGGUGAACUGGGAGAGUUCAGGAACAAGCUGCUGUCUUUUCUGGAUAUUUCCACCAGCUAUGAACCUGCCAGACUCAUCAGCGACUUCCCAUUUGAUGGGCUGCUGGAGGAACGGGCUCUGCUCCUGGGUCGCAUGGGAAAACACGAGCAGGCGCUUUUCAUAUACGUUCAUGUUCUGAGCGACACCCGCAUGGCCGAAGAAUACUGCCACCGGCAUUAUAACAGUUCAGUGGAAGGAAAUAAAGAUGUUUAUCUGUCUCUGCUGCGGAUGUACCUGUCCCCCCCUGACGCCCACUGCCUGGGGCCCAUUAAGAUGGAGCUCACUGAGCCUCAGGCCAACCUGCAGGCGGCCCUGCAUGUCCUGGAGCUGCACCACAGCAAGCUCAACACCACCAAGGCUAUGAAUCUGCUCCCAGCAAACACUCAGAUCCAGGAGAUAAAGGUCUUCCUGGAGAGCGUCCUGGAGGAGAAGGCCCAAAUGAAACGCUGCAACCAGGUGUUGAAGAGUCUGCUGCAGGCCGAGUUCCUCAGGGUGCAGGAAGAACGAAUCUUCCACCAGCAGGUUAAAUGCGUCAUAACAGAAGAAAAAACCUGCAGAGUCUGUAAGAAGAAGAUAGGAAACAGUGCGUUUGCCAGGUAUCCCAACGGCGUGGUGGUUCACUAUUUCUGCUGCAGAGAUCGCAGCGUGUGUCCCACUGAGCAGUAAAAUCCUCUUCUCACACUGACGAAUAAACCCCCCCCACCCUCCACCUCCCUGCUGCGGCCUUCGCCGCUCGGCCAUGUUGGAAUUAGAAACAUAUUUGAAGGACUGCGGCGUUGGUUUAUUAUGCCCUUCUGCUGCCACAGAGCAGAACAGGAGCAGUGCUGAAGUUUUUCCCCUCUCAGCAUACAUGAAGAAACAGGAAAACGUCGGGAGACGCUCAACGGGAACGCAGAGAGGAAGAAGGAAAGAAAGAAAGAAAGGAAGAUCAAGACAAUCCAGAAGCAGGUGCCUCUGUAACCACAUAAAGGAUUUGCUGCCUUACAGGCACAGCGCCCUGGAAGAUUAUUGACAGCUGGGAUUGCAGAAGUAAGCGUGUCAUCUCUGAUUACUACAGUUUAUUAUUUAUAUUUUGUUUUUGUUUUGCUUUCACGUUCCCUCCACUACUGUAACUCAUCGUAGGCCUCAAACACGCCUGGAUAUGCCAUACUGAGUGCUGCAGUACUGUUAAAUGCCUUCUGUGACUCUGAAGAUUGUACAAUGAAAUGUCACUCAUAACGUUUUGUUGUGACUAUAACAGACUAUAGUGUUUUCUAUUGAAUAGUGUCCAUUUAAUAUUAUUCAUAGGUCAAUCCUCAGUUCUUACCCAACUACAUCCACUGUUAUUUUUAAACAUUUGUCUUUUUUUGUGGCUUACAGGUGCAUUAAUCAAAAUCCAAAUGUUUAUUCGGUAACGCUUUAUUUGAAGGGGUGUGCAUAAGACCGACAUUACACUGUCAUACACAUGAUGUAACAGCUGUCAUGAACAUGAAGGAGUCUUUAUGAAUAUUUAUGACUGUUGUCAUAAAGUGCCAUUCGGUAAAUAAUGAAACUUUUAAUGCAAACUUGCAUUAAAAGUACUUUAAAAGUGUCAACUUGGUAUUUAUUUGGUAAAUAAUUACAUUUUUAUACAAAAUUGGAUUAAAACUUACAUUAAAAGUCAAUUGAAAGUGUAAAAUUUGCAUUAAAAGUCUCAUUAUUUACCAAAUGACGCUUCAUGACAACAGUCAUAAACAUUCAUGAAGACUGCUUCAUGUUCAUGACAGCUGUUAUAUCGUGUUUAUUACGGUGUUAUAUCAGUCUUAUGACUGACAUGACAUAAUACUUCAAAUAAAGCAUUACCGUUUAUUCCUGCUUCUGCAAUCUGAACAGUAGCCGUCUUUUUAUCAUUAAUUGUGAUCUGUUACAGUGAAUGCAACAUAUUUAGGUCUGGACUGUUUCUAUAAAACAAAAAAAAACAAAAAAAGACUCUUCUUCACUAACACCAGUGGUUAUUAAUCGGUUUUCAAACGGUAGCAGUAUUCACUCCAAACUUCUUUUAUCAUCACAAGCCUUCAAUUGGAAGCUGAACGCUUGUGUCGACUCUUCUUAAUGAACGACCUGCACUUUAGUUCUUUUUGAUUCUGUUUUUGCAAUACUGGAAUUAUACUAAACUUUUAAGAGGAAUGGUGGAUGUCUGCGUUUUGAAGGCGACUUUGUUCUGGAACGUGUCUGUUUACUGUUUGUUCAGUGAGCAGUGCGGGAAGCAGAACAGUUUGGUUUACUAAAAAAUAAAAAGCAUGCAAAUGGA